CUGGCAACCACGCCGCUGCGCAUCCUGGUAUCCACGGCCAUCGGGCAGCUCCGCAUCGCGGUUGAAACGGUGUAUUCCACGGGUCACAAUCCGAUUGGCGACGGCAUGGCUCUGCACGCAAUCCGCCUGCUGUUUGAAAACUUGCCUCGCUGCAAGGACGGCGACAUCGACACGCUGCUGGCCACCAAGACCGCCUGUGCCAUGGCGUCGUUGGCGUCCUUUGGCGGGCUUGGGUUGAACACCGCCACCUGUCAUCACGUGGGCGGGUUGUAUGACGUGCCCCACGGCGAGGCCAACGCGAUCCUCCUACCUCACACCAUGCGGUACAACCUGGACGCGUGCGCCGACCGUCAACGGCUGAUCGCGGAGGCCAUUGGGGUCGCCAGCAGCACGAUGACGGACGAGGAAGCCGGGUUGGCCGCCGCCGACGCGGUGGACGGAUUGUGCCGGGAGCUGGAAUUGCCGCGCACUCUGCGAGAGGUGGGCGUUCCCGAGGACGGGCUGGAGUACAUCGCGACGGCCACGCUGCAAGACCGGAGCCUGAGCACCAACCCCAAGCCCGUCAUCGACGCCGGGCCGAUCAUGGAAGUGCUGGGCGCGGCCUACUGA